AUGGAACACGUUUAUCAGUCGGAUAUACUUCCCUAUCAGGGUAUAGAACCCCUUUCUAUUCCUCAAUUUAUGACACAAUAUAAUCCAGAUGGAGUGUCGACAAACAAGGUAGUUCAUCUAGAUACCUUCUCCAAGGAAGCCAUAACCUAUGGUUCGUUGCGCAAGGAUGCAAGCCGAGGUGCUUGGGGGCUGCGCAACAAGCUUGGAUUACAGCCGGGGGGUAUCUUGCUGGCUUUGAUACCGAAUUCAAAUGAUUUUGUACUUCUUGCCCACUCUACAUGGUGGGCAGGUGCUGUCUUCGCACCUCUUAAUGCAUCCUCUACAGCGAAGGACAUCGCCCAUGCUAUUAGCCUCAUUCGACCAAGUCACAUUGCGACAGCUCCAUCCAAGCUACAGGAUGUCAAAAAUGCACUGGCCUCUUCCGAGAUUGUCGACAGUAAGAUAUUUACCGUUAUAGAGAAAGUGCCGGGGUUAUCUCAGUUUCCACUGGAUAUUAUGGGCACAGAUGAUCAUCAGAGUCUUCCUCCAUAUGAAUUGGCCGGCGAAAGCGCCAAAACAACAACCGCUGCUAUCUGCUUUUCGUCCGGUACAACGGGAAAGAUAAAGGGAGUUGAGUUGUCACACUACAAUCUCAUUGUGAACCCUCUCCAGAUGCGCAAUUCCAUGCCCUCCAGGUUCAACUCCACCGUACGUGAAGUAUGGUUUUCUCCUUACUGUCACAUUUACGGACUGUCCAUUGUGGUCUUGACUGGAAUGUUCGUCGGAGGAUUUUAUCUAGGACUUCCCGCCUUCAACGUUGAUGACUUUUGCCAAAAGGCGGUCGAGCUCAAGGCUACUGACAUGCACCUUGUGCCUCCUGUAGCAAUUGCUCUUGUCAAUGCAAAUGUGAGCACUUACGACCUAUCUUCAGUGCAAAGAGUCGUGGUGGCUGCAGCUCCUUUGAAGGUAGUGUCUAUCCCAGUACAACGAAGUAUAUAUUCAGUCACCCUAACCAGCAGAGUCCAACAGGUCCCCUUGCAACAACAGCUCAAGAAGAGGUUUCCAAACGCCAGCAUUUGCCAGGGCUACGGCUUAACCGAGUGUUCUCCCGGUGUUCUCCAUCAGAUUGAUGAUGAUGAAAGCAACUGUGGUAGUGUAGGAAGGGUUUUGAUUGGGACACAAGUCCGUCUGGUUGACCCCAGUACACAAAAGGACGUCAAGCGAGGAGAAGAGGGCGAGCUAUGGGUUCGCGGGCCUCAGGUCAUGAUCGGAUAUAUCAAUGAUCCCGAAUCAACCAAGGGCUCAUUUUCGUCAGAUGGAUGGCUGAGAACGGGAGAUAUAUUGAAAGUCGACGACAACGGGAAUUUCUGGGUGACCGAUCGACUCAAGGAGGCAAGUACCUGGUUGAUGACACCUCGCAGCUUCCAAAUUGCCCCGUCAGAGCUCGAAAGUAUGCUUCUUCGCCACCCGGAUGUCAUUGAUGCAGCAAUCUGUGCCGUAUACGAUGACAGCCUAGCUACCGAGGUUCCUCUCGCGUACGUGAGUCUAGUCACUGACAAGGCCAAUCUUCCCGAGUCGCAGAAGUCGGUACUGCUCGGUCAAAUUGGAGAUUGGAUCAAUGGCCAGGUCGCCGGAUAUAAAAGAAUUCGGGGAGGCGUGUAUCAUCUGCAGACACUGCCCAAGACUCCGACAGGCAAAAUCCAGAGACGGCUUUUGCCGGCCAAGAUACGAGAACGGAGAACGACUAGUAUUUGA